GGGGUUACUUUCUGUAUGCGUUGCGAAUUGCGAAGUCUCGGAAGCAUCGAGCUCUCGCGAGAUGUGGCGCGCAAUACAUAUAUUACCCACAAUGCCUUACUCUUCCUUUCUCUGUUCCUGACCACCAUGCCUAAAGGGAAGAAGGCUAAGGGGAAGAAGGUGGCUCCGGCCCCUUCUGUUGUAAAGAAGGCUGAAGCCAAGAAGGUGGUAAACCCCCUCUUUGAGAAGCGGCCUAAGAACUAUGGCAUCGGUCAGGAUAUUCAGCCCAAGAGGGAUCUGACCCGAUUUGUCAAAUGGCCCCGUUAUAUUCGCCUCCAGCGCCAAAGGGCCAUUCUAUACAAACGCCUGAAGGUCCCACCUGCAAUCAACCAGUUCACCCAGGCUCUGGACCGUCAGACAGCCACUCAGCUGUUCAAGCUGGCUCACAAAUACAGACCUGAAACCAAGCAGGAGAAGAAGAAAAGGUUGCUGGCCCGUGCGGAGCAGAAAGCUGCCGGCAAAGGGGAUGUUCCUACAAAGAGACCCCCGGUCGUCAGAGCAGGUGUCAACACAGUCACUACACUGGUAGAAAACAAGAAGGCACAGCUUGUGGUGAUCGCUCACGAUGUGGAUCCUAUCGAGCUGGUUGUGUUCCUGCCUGCGCUCUGCCGUAAGAUGGGUGUCCCCUACUGCAUUGUAAAGGGCAAGGCCAGACUGGGGCGUCUGGUGCACAGGAAGACCUGCACAAGCGUUGCCUUUACACAGGUUAACCCUGAGGACAAGGGCGCACUCGCCAAGCUGGUGGAAGCCGUCAAGACCAAUUACAACGACAGAUAUGAUGAGAUCCGUCGUCACUGGGGCGGUGGUAUCCUGGGUCCCAAAUCUGUUGCAAGAAUUGCCAAGCUGGAGAAAGCAAAAGCUAAAGAGCUGGCCACCAAGCUGGGCUAACUGUACUGUGCGUUGUGUUCUGUACAUAAAAAAUAAAAAUCUAAAAGUCCUGA